UUUAUUUUUUCACUGUUCGAUGGUUUGUGGUUAUUAAUGUUGUUUGUUCAAAAAAAAAAAGAAAAAAGAAAAGAAAAUAGUGGUUCUCGGAGAAAAAGUUAUAAAUUUUCGGAUUUUUAACAAAAUAAUAACAAAUGCUUCAACAAGAUAAACUUAUGAAAGAGCAGUAUGUCGAACCAAUGCAGGUCGAUGCACCGGUGGAGGAUAAUGACAAUGCAGAGGAGGAAUCCUAUAUUGUCGAAAAUCCAACACUUGAUUUGGAAGUGUACGCCAAUAGUUACACCGGGUUAGCAAAGCUUUACAGACUAAUAUACAUAGCAGAUCAUUGUCCUACAUUGCGAAUAGAAGCCUUGAAAAUGGCAAUAACAUACGUGAUGACAACAUAUAAUGUCUCUUUGUAUUUGUCACUUCAUAGAAGACUUUCGCAAGCAAUAAGUACACCGGGAUUACCUGAUGUUGCUGCUCAAUCGAGUUCACAAGAUUUGCCAACAAUUGAUCAAGUAUGGAUGGAAUCACGUUCAAAAAAAGCUGCUCUUAAAUUAGAGAAAUUUGACACUGAUUUAAAAAAUUAUAAAAGUAAUUCAAUUAAAGAAAGUAUAAGAAGAGGACACGACGAUCUUGGUGAUCAUUAUCUUGAUUGUGGUGAUCUUGCUAAUGCACUUAAAUGUUAUUCAAGAGCAAGAAAUUAUUGUACAAGCGGAAAACAUGUUGUUAAUAUGUGUUGGAAUGUUUUAAAAGUUUCGGUAUAUUUACAAAAUUGGACACACGUUAUUAGUUAUGUUACUAAAGCAGAAGAUACACCUGAUUUUCCUGAUGUUCAUGGUAAGGAUAGUAAUUUGGCUAUUAUAACAAAAUUAAAAGUUGCUGCUGGAUUAGCUGAAUUGGCAACAAAAAAAUAUAAAUUUGCCGCAAAAUUAUUUCUUCAAGCAUCAUUGGAUCAUUGUGAUUUUCCUGAAUUAUUAUCACCGGGAAAUGUUGCACUUUAUGGUGGUUUAUGUGCACUUGCAACAUUUGAUAGGCAUGAAUUACAAAAACAAGUUAUUUUUAGUAGUUCAUUUAAACUAUUUUUGGAAUUGGAACCACAAUUAAGGGAUAUUAUUUUUAAAUUUUAUGAAUCAAAAUAUGCAUCAUGUCUUAAACUUUUAGAUGAGAUAAAGGAUAAUAUUCUUCUUGAUAUGUAUAUAGCGCCACAUGUCAAUAAUCUCUAUACACAAAUUCGUAAUAGAGCAUUAAUACAAUAUUUUAGUCCAUAUUUGAGUGCUGAUAUGAGACGAAUGGCCACUGCAUUUAAUAGAACUGUUUCCGCAUUAGAAGACGAACUUAUGCAAUUAAUUCUUGAUGGACAAAUUCAAGCUCGUAUUGAUUCACAUAAUAAAAUUUUGUAUGCCAAAGAUGUGGACCAACGAAGUACUACAUUUGAAAAAUCAAUAAGUCUAGGAAAAGAAUAUCAAAGAAGAACACGAAUGCUUAUUUUGAGGUCGGCGAUGCUAAAAAAUCAGAUUCAAGUAAAGGGCGGCGAAAUGUCUGUGGCACCUGGAAAUAGCAGUCAAACACCAAGGAACUGAUCAAUUCCCAUUGUGAUUAUGGUUUAUACAAUAAGUUCGAGUGAUACAUCGAUUGAAGUAUUCGUUACGUAAAGAACAAUGCUUCACACCUCUUGAGUUUUUUUUUUUUUUGCAAGUAUAAAACUCAAUUUUUUAAUCAUUUAAUAAUUAUUUGUGACAUUUGCGUUUAUAAUAAAGAUUUCUAACUAUUAA